UUCACCGGAGUCUGUUUCAGUCAGUGGUAUUAAGCUAUCUAGAGCGGACAUUGCUGCCACCAUGGACACAAAGGAGUCUCUGGUUAAGGGCGGUGUGCUGAUUGCACACAAAAUCAAUGAGGGAAAGCAUCAAUAUGUAGUGGAAAAUGUGGUGAAGUACAAAAAUGACAAUGGAGGAAAACUUUAUGUCAGGAAAGGAGACAAGCUUCUGCAGAUAAAUGGCAUGGACCUGAAUGAUCUUACACCUGAAGAGCUGGCAAACGUGAUAGCUGAGGGGAGUCCAAUGCUGACAGUGUGCAAACCAGCCAGCGAAGAGGACCACACUGAGGAGACAUCCCUGACUGAAGACACUUUACAUCCUGUCUCUAAAGAGUCCACAGUCCUCAGCUUUAGCUGGGAGAUGACAAGGGAGGAUGACCCGGAGGGAAUUGAAGUGGAGCCGCAGGAAGAAGAAAAGGAAACGGGGAAUAUUGAAGAGGAUCUUUGCCAAGCGAAAACUGAAGAGAAUGAGAUAUUUGUCGUUGAGAUGACAAAAACUAGCAUCUCCCUGGUGAGAGGCAGGGGCUGUGAUGCGACAGGAUGUACCCUUAAUGACAUCAUCAUGGUGGCAGAAUCCAGCACGGUGACGCUUGUUCCGAGAGGAGGCGGCACUUUCCGGCAGGAAAAGUUGUCGAAUGUUUUAAUUGAAAAUCUGGCCACUCACCAAUACCUCCGAGGUAUCUGUUCUGAGAGGAUCGUCUAUGCUUCUCCAAAUCCAGAGAGAAUUACUAUCUACUAUUACAAGUCAAGCGGUCUCAUAAGGGGUUCCAGUGGGUUGCCGGUGGUGCUAAACCUCACCGAUUCCAACUGCUUCCUCAUGUGCUGCAAGCAAGCGGACAGAGUGCUCCUAAAAGUGGAGACAUGUGAGAAGCAGAGGCUGAAGCAGAUCUCCAAGAGCGAUGAGAGUACCCUCUCCUUUGUGUUUUACAUGAAGGGUGACUCAGCGAGACGACGGAGUUUUGAGUCAGCAUUGUAUCGCGGUUGGUUCAUCAACGUUUGCAACACAGACACAGUGGGGGUGGCAACCCCGGAUGGACGUGUGGAUCAGUCCUUCCUCUUCAUCAUUCAAAAGUGAUGGAGGGUCAUUUUCUUCUGCCUUUUCAGGACUCAGAAAAGUCAGUUACAUUUUUAAAAAUUUCUUGUAAAUAUUUCGUGUGACCUGGUUUAACAACACAAACCAACAUCCAUGUUUCAAAUUCUGCUGCUGCAGAAAUCCAUAGUUCUCCAUCUCAUUAAGGCUAUGCCUCUACACAGCUGUCAUUCCACAUGUCCCUACCUGAGAGAUGACGUGGAAAAUUAUCUCAGAUACACCAACUGUAGCGUUACGCUUUAGUUGUUUACCUGCCUCAGUGACCUCACCCCAAGUGAUGGAUGAGUCAUCCUUCUUGUCCCCAGGCUCUGCUUCCUCUACAGAAGGCAUGUCUGUGGGAUUGAGGAGAUCCUCAAAGUAUUCCUUCCGCCAUUCGACUUACAUCCUCAGUUGAAAUCGGCAGCACCUGCACCACACACCGCAUGCUUCUGAGUUGCCUGAAGGUUUGCCAGAAUCACUUUGAUGCUGACUGAAAUCUUAAUGUAUGCUCUCACCAAACACAUUCAAGUUUUUGCUUCAGAGCCGCACUCCACCUGGGCCUACCAGGAAGGGCACCACCCACCUUGCAGCCGCAGCUCAGUGCAGCAGUCUCAGCAAUGGAGGUUGGGAACAUGGCCCAGUUGCACUCACUCUUCCCAAUCUCCCUCACAAUGUUGUCAAAUUUCUGCUGGAAGUGUGAAUUUGACAUGUCACAAACCAGAGCUUCUACCACUCCCAGCACACCCUCACUCUGUGUUUAGAUAUGCCACGCCCAUCCAGCAUCCUCUCCCACCACCUGAUCCAGCUCACCACCAGGCGAACGUGGCGAUCAGCUGUUCCUUGGUGUCGGGAACAUACGGCAGCAGAUCCGAUGAUACGAUUCCAAAAUCAAUCAUUGGCCUGCGAUCUAGGAUGUCUGAUGUGUACCAUGUACUGAUAUGUAAACAGAGCUGGGGUCCGUUGUUGUUUAAAGUCUUUCAAGCUGAUUUUUUUUUGUUUGUUCGUUUUCUUUUUUGAACUCAUAUUGUAUAAUCUAUAUAUUUGAUUCAAUAAUACUGUUUCCAAUAUAUUAUAAGACACUGUACGGAAAAAUUACACAUUACAUGAACGAUAAUGGCCCAAUGCAUUAACACAACCAAACUAAAGUGCACGUAUUUAGAAAUUAAUUUUAAUAACACAUCUCAGACGUCCUGGAAAUCACACCUUUAGGCUUUGAUCGUAUAAUGUCAACUCAUACAAAUGUACUACUCUUCUUUUCGCUUACUGGUCACUCACUGCUUGCGAAAGAAAUGUCUUUUUUUGUACACAUGCGCAGCUGACAAGUAAAAAAAGUUCCAUUGGUAAA